AUGGCGAGAAUCAAGGAUGUUCAGCCCUCGCUACCAAAAGGGGUACGUCAAAAAGAUGGUGACAACAAGCGUGAUAGUCAGGGCGAUGCGACGGUGGCACGAGGUAUGAGCACGAGUAAGAAUUCGCGCUCAAAACCCAGCCUGAACAACGAUACAUCUUCGGAAGCCGACGAAGAAAUUCUAGAAGAGUACGAUAACGACGAGGCAGAUAUAGAAAAGGGUGGUGCGGAAGAAAUGUCCGAUGAGGAAUCGCUUGAAGAAUCUCAAGAGGAACGCAAGAGAGCGAACCAGAUUCGAGAGCAAGAGAAAGACCAAGCCGACCGCAAUACGAGCAUCGAUGAAGAGGAGACUGCACCUACAGACAUCGAUGAUGAUUCUGCUGACCCCUCCGAUGUAUCCAAGAAAGGCCUGCUCGAUGAGAUCUACGCGAACUGGAAGAUCCACAAGUUGGGGGAAAUACUGCGGGACGGGACAAGACGGACUUGGCUUUCUGGUACCACAAACAUCGACGACCAUGAGUGGAACAAAGAGACCUUACACGGCUUUCGAAAGUUAUCUAGUCUGACGAAGGACAAUCGUGAAGGUGCAAAAGCGGAUAUUGCUAGGAGACUGCAAUGGAGAAGGCAUAGAGCAAACAGCGAAGGAACUGGUAAGGACCGGGACGUCAAGGAGCCCAGAUUGUGCGCAGAUUUAAAGGCGAUUUGCGCGGACUUGAAGGAAAAGCGGAAAGCAGAAGAUGAUGAUGAGGGCGAUGAAGAGCUGGCAGGACCCAAGAAGAAGAAGCCAAAAACGAAGGGCUCUUCAUCUAAAGAUGAUGAGAACGAUGUUGACAGCAGUCUCGAUGACUUCCUUAUUGGCACUGAGAUACAGAACAGAGAGGACAGAGAUGUUGCACUCAUACGCAUCUGCGAGAAUUUGGGAACCACUUCGAUCCUUGAAUUUCUUCCAGCAGGCUUACGUCCAAUUGGUGUAAACAGCGAUGGAGACCUAGAUUGGAGAAUUGUUGGCCAAAUGCUUGACUUCUCCAACACUGUUAGAACAGAAGCGCAACGCAACAUGUUGAGACAAGAAUUGGUAGACCAAGUGGCAGAAAGAACAGGCCUCGAUUCCGAUAUGGUUUGUGCGGAUAUUGCACUAGCUGGCGAGCAAUUCUAUCGUGAAGUAAGACAUGCAGAGCCGCCGACUCCGAACAGGACAUUGCGAAGUCACGCUCGACCAAACCCACCACUGGCUGCAAGUAGAUCAGCUGAAACAUUUCAGGAGCCUCCUAUGACGCCCACAUCUGGAUCAUAUAGGUCUUCAAGUAGGCGAUCCCAGUCCAGAUUUCUGGGCCCAAUUCAGAAGCAAGGUGCCACUGAUCAAACACGACCCGUCACAAAAGCCAACAGCAAAAGCGGAAGUACAUCUCAUCAACAGCCAACCCAAAGGACUCAACAACAGGGGCGCACCUCCUUCACUUCAGAUCUUCCAGAGCAACAAAGCUACCAAACAGGACGGCAAGCCUUCUCACAAGCCCCAGUACGGCCCGCAAAUGAAUCGCUCCCUCAGGCUCUUGAUCUUAUCUACAGGAAUUGGAACAUCGCUUCACUUCGCGACAUCAUACCAUUACGCUUGAUCCCGGCGGGUGUGAGGAGCGAUGCUGAUUUCGACAGCACGAUCGUCGCGGGUCUUGUUGUUCUAUCCAACCUUACAAACACACAAGAGCGCCGUACUGCAGCUAGGCAAGAGUUUGAAAACGCGAUCGGCUGGUCGUCAAGGCCCAGUGUAGAUAAUGUGCUCUCUCUCAUUGCAAGAAUUAUUGCGCGAUUCCAUCCAACAGAACAACCAGAGAGCAACAUCCAUGGAAGAACACUAGUUCAGAGUCCAAUCAAUCAGACACUGGGAGAGGUAGCCGCACCGAAUCUCGGAGCGCAGGCAAGGGUAGAAGCUGCUCAAGAGACGCAUCGACAACGACCACUUCUUCCAGCUCACCCACGUCCCAACACCGUCGCUGAGCCUCUUGCCACCGAAUCGGGGCUGCGAAGAGCCCUGGACGAGCUAGACACUAGUGAUGCUGAAAUUUUGGUCCGACAGUGCAGACGCAGGCUCGCGUAUUUCCGUAGUAUUGGUGCAUCUACAGAAGAAGACGAGGUGCAGCUGGAAGUCGCGAUAAGUCUGCGGGAUCACGCUACAUACUCGGCAAGGACUGACUACUUGCUAAGACGUUUACAAGAACAACGAAGAGGAGCGCGGAAUGGCGAGCUGGCUACUACUGGGCAGUGUGAACAGGAUAUGCGAGGAAGGGGUGCAGAACAAGAGGGAAGAGACAGUGAUGGUAAAGAGAACGGAGAGGAUGAUGGGGGUGACGUGGAUGGCAAUGCUGAAGGUAAUGGAGACAAAUAG